AUGAGAGGCGGAGAGGAUGAGGGUAGCGGUGAGGAUGAAGGUGGUGAUGACGGAGACGAAGGAGGUGACGACGGGGUCAGGGAAGUAGUGGUGGUGGUGGUGGAGGAGGGUAUACCGGUGGUGACGGGAGGUCAGGGAGGUGGUGGAGGUGGUUAUGGGGGCCACUAUGGUAGAGGUGAUGGUGGUCAGGGUGGGAGUACCGGAGGUGGUGAUCGUGGUCAUCCUGGAGGAGGUGAGGGCCAGGCUGAUGGAGGUGAGACAGGUGGGCAGAGCCAUGUAUAUGGUUGCGGUGGUGUGUGUGGAGGAGCUGAGGCAGGCGGGCGGGAAUGUGCCCGGACGAGAAUUCGGUGA